UACACUGUCUCGUUGCAAUGAACACAGUAUUGUGGGUAUUUCUGCUGUGUAUGCAGGGCUUCCUGCUAACACAUGCUCUAGAGUGUGCAGAUGGGGACAUGGAUUGCAACAGUAGCCAAGUCAAAAGGGUAAAGUUAAGGGUUUUGAGGAACACAAACAUAGACCAUGAGAGAGGAGCUCAGCAGAACCAGGCCAACCUACCAGGAGCUUUUACAGCCAAGGGAUCCCCCAAAACUCUAAUUCAGGCUGACAGAUCAAGGCGUCAUCUGAACAGCAAUAAGAAGAGACCACUGCUUCCCAGGUCACGAGUUGGCAGUUACUCCCUGCUCAGUCACAACCCUAUGAGUCCUCUGCCUGUAGUGAGAGCUCGAAGGCAUGCCGGAGCUGGUGCCAAUUCACCCAUGCUUUCUGGAAUGACAGUGAAGCACAGGCCCAGAAGUGUGAGCAGGAAGAAGAACACAAAAGCCAAAGUCUGCUCAUGAGACAAGACCGAUAUAGGGAGAAAGUUGAAACAAUCCAUGAAUCCGGGAAUGCAUAUAUUUAAUUAAUCAAUAUAUAGUCUAUCUGAGUGUUCACUUAUGUGCUGUCAUUUAAGGUGUUUCUUAAGGAGUUUUUUAAUGCUUGAAAAAUAUUAAAAUAUUGAUGUUUAUUAAAAAGCUGUUAUAAGGUUUAUGGAAGGCAAUAUUUUUAGGGUUUUGUCAUGGGCAAAAUCUAAAAUUAUAUUUAAGUAAAAAAACUAAAGAAAAAACAAAAUAGGUGUCUGUCUUUUCAUUACACUAAAUACAGGUUUAUGGAAAAUAAUUUUCAAGAGUAUUUUUAUGUCUGUUGUCAGUUUCUGAAUACAGCUACUAUGGUUAACUAUUAAAUAUGUCACACUGAGAGAUGAUGUCUUGUAUUCAAGACAUGGUAAUCACUGUUGUUGCCUUAUGUAGUAUUU